AUGGUGGCUGGACUCCCGCCUUUCCGAUCAAUGAGCGAGCACCUUAUAUUCCAGAAGAUCGUGAAGCUGGAGUAUGUGUUCCCAGAUGGUUUCAGUGCUCCAGCCAGAGACCUGGUGGAGAAGCUACUGGUUCUCGAUUCUGUGCAACGGUUAGGGGCUCGUGACAGGCCUGAGGAUGGGCACGGGUACCCUUCAUUGAGAGCACAUCCGUUCUUCAAGGGAAUUUCUUUUGAAUCGCUGUAUCUGCAGACACCUCCGCAAAUCUACCCCUACCUGCCGGGAACGUCAGAGCACGAGGAAAUGCGGAGCCACUACAGAGUGCCAGACCACGUGGAGCCCGGACUGGACGAUCGGCAGCUGACGCGGCUUCUCGGCCUCGACCUGAGUGGCGCGGUGGAGCCCGUGGCGGAGAGCCCUGCGGAAGACGGGAGAGAGUCGCAGACCGAGCAGGAGGGCCGGCCGCAGGACGUGCCUGCGGUGCGCCAGCAGCAGCAGCGGAAGCGCGCCGUCACGGACCUGUCCCCGGCGGAGGUGCGCCGCCGCACGGACCUGCAGGCGAAGGAGAGCAAGUGGCACAAUCUGGUGCAGGGGAACCUCAUCCUUCAUCCUCAAGCAGGGGCUCGUCGAUAA